AUGAACCAGCAGUUGCUGAAGUUGGAGAACUUGCUCCGAUGUCACACUGUCUGUAGACAGCUGCACAGCCUGGGUCAAAGGAGAACCUCAGGGCGAUGGCGGCGUGUGUUCGCAUCUGCUUCCCCAGGGCGGCCAGCUGAGCGGUGCACCGGGCCCCGGCACACAGACUCACUCUUCGGAGCCGCUUUCUCUCAAUAUAGGCUUCUGGUCACCAAGAAGGAAGUAAGGCCGCGGAAGUCUCAGUUAUCUUCAACAAAAUCCAAAAAGGAGGUGGAGGUAUGGAUUGGCAUGACUGUUGAGGAGCUGGCUAGAGCAAUGGGAAAGGACACAGAUUUUAUAUAUGAAGCUUUAUUAAACACUACUAUGGACAUAGAUUCACUAGAAGCAGACUCACAGUUAGAUGAAGUCUGGGUCAAAGAAGUGAUAAAGAAGGCAGGAAUGAAGUUAAAGUGGAGCAAACUAAAAGAGGACAAAGUCAGAGAAAAUAAAGAUGCCGUGAGAAGGCCCCAGGCAGACCCAGCUUUAUUAACCCCAAGGUCCCCAGUGGUAACUAUAAUGGGCCAUGUUGAUCAUGGGAAAACGACGUUACUUGACAAACUGCGAAAAACUCAAGUGGCAGCGAUGGAAGCCGGAGGCAUCACUCAGCACAUCGGUGCCUUUCUUGUCUCUCUGCCUUCUGGGGAGAAGAUAACCUUUCUCGAUACUCCAGGACAUGCUGCGUUCUCAGCGAUGAGAGCCAGGGGUGCUCAGGUCACCGACAUUAUCAUACUGGUUGUAGCUGCAGAUGAUGGAGUGAUGAAACAAACGGUGGAAUCCAUUCAGCAUGCCAAAGAUGCUCAAGUGCCUAUUGUCCUUGCCAUCAACAAAUGUGACAAAGCUGAGGCUGAUCCUGAGAAAGUGAAGAAAGAACUGCUAGCUUACGAUGUGGUGUGUGAAGACUACGGGGGUGAUGUACAGGCCGUGCAUGUCUCUGCACUUACGGGGGAUAACUUGAUGGCUUUGGCAGAGGCAACGAUUACUCUUGCAGAAAUAUUAGAAUUGAAAGCAGACCCCACAGGUCCAGUGGAAGGAACAGUUAUAGAAUCUUUCACAGACAAAGGAAGAGGUCCUGUUACUACAGCAAUAAUUCAAAGAGGAACAUUGAGAAAAGGCUCAAUUCUGGUUGCUGGGAAGAGUUGGGCAAAAGUACGCUUAAUGUUUGAUGAAAAUGGAAAACCAGUUAAUGAGGCCUACCCCAGCAUGCCCGUGGGAAUUAUCGGCUGGCGAGACCUUCCUUCUGCAGGAGAUGAGAUUCUUGAAGUAGAAUCUGAGGCAAGGGCACAUGAAGUUAUUGACUGGAGGAAGUAUGAGCAGGAGCAGAAGAAAAGUAAAGAGGCCCUGGAAACGGUAGAAGAAAAGCGAAAGGAACACCAGGAGGCGCACCGGAAGGACCGGGAGAAGUAUGGCAAUUUGCACUGGAAGGAGAGAUCGUUUAUAAAAUACCAAGAAAGAAAAAACCAAAAAUUAUUAAGGCCAAAAGAGAAAGUAGAAAGAGAUUCAAAUAUGCUUCCUAUAAUUAUUAAAGGUGAUGUUGAUGGUUCCGUUGAGACCAUUUUGAACAUUGUGGAUACCUAUGAUGCUUCACAUGAGUGUGAACUUGAGUUAGUACAUUUUGGUGUGGGUGAUAUUAGUGAAAAUGAUGUUAACCUUGCUGAAGCAUUUCAUGGUGUUAUAUAUGGCUUCAAUGUGAACACAAGCAAAGUUAUCCAGGAGACAGCUACAAAGAAAGGAAUAAAAAUUAAACUUCACAAAAUCAUUUACCGUCUUGUUGAAGAUUUGCAGGAAGAAUUGAACAGCAGAUUGCCCUCCAUUGUGGAAGAACACACAGUAGGUGAAGCUUCUAUACUAGCUACCUUUUCCAUAACAGAAGGGAAGAAAAAAAUUCCUGUGGCUGGCUGCAGAGUCCAAAAAGGACAGCUAGAAAAGCAAAAAAAAUUUAAGUUAAUCCGAAACGGAGGUAUUAUUUGGAAGGGUUCAUUAACUUCCCUGAAACACCACAAAGAUGACGUUUCAGUCAUCAAAACUGGAAUGGAUUGUGGUCUCAGUUUGGAUGAAGAAAUGAUAGAAUUUAAAGUGGGAGAUAAAAUUGUCUGUUAUGAAGAAAAUGAAGUUCCAGCAAAGACUUCUUGGGACCCAGGAUUUUAA